GGCCCGGUCCCGUCCGACUAAACCCAAAUUCGACCCCGACCGACGACGCGAGUCAAAGAGCAGCGGCGACCGCGCCCAUCACCACCACCACCCGCCUGACGGAGCCCUUCCCACCCAUCGGCGGCGGAGAUGGUGGGGUGGCUCAAGGCGCUGGUGUACGGCGCAGGGGGCAUGGCGGUGGUGGGCCUGGCGGCGCUGGUGGCGCUGCAGGAGCGCCUCGUCUACGUGCCCGUGCUCCCUGGCCUCCCGCGCGCUUACCCCAUCAAGCCCUCGCGCCUCCGCCUCAUCUACGAGGACGUCUGGCUCCGCGCCGCCGACGGCGUGCGCCUCCACUCCUGGUUCCUCCGCCACUCUCCCACCUGCCGAGGUCCGACCAUUCUGUUCUUCCAGGAAAAUGCUGGCAAUAUUGCACAUCGUUUGGAAUGCGUUCGACUAAUGAUGCAGCGGCUACAGUGCAAUGUGUUUAUGCUUUCUUAUAGAGGGUAUGGUGAGAGCGAAGGUUAUCCUUCUCAGAGUGGCAUCACAAAAGAUGCACAGGCCGCACUUGAUCAUCUACUUCAGAGGAAGGACAUUGACACAUCCAGGAUAGUUAUCUUUGGGAGAUCUUUAGGAGGUGCUGUUGGAGCAGUUCUUGCAAAAAACAAUCCUGACAAGGUGUCUGCUCUAAUAUUGGAAAAUACGUUUACAUCUAUAUUGGAUAUGGCUGGUAUCAUGCUGCCCUUCUUAAGAUGGUUCAUAGGCGGUAGUUCUGCCAAAGGCCCAAAACUUCUUAACUGCGUUGUUCGCUCUCCAUGGAGUACACUUGAUGUUGUUGCAGAGGUCAAACAGCCCAUUCUCUUCCUUUCUGGAUUGCAAGAUGAACUGGUUCCCCCUUCACACAUGAGGAUGCUGUAUGACAAAGCUGUUGAACAUAACAGGAAUUGUAGGUUUGUUGAUUUUCUCAAUGGUAUGCAUAUGGAUACCUGGAUUUCUGGAGGGGACCGCUACUGGAGGACAAUCGAAUUGUUUCUGGACCAAUAUUCCCCAGAAGUACAGAGUUCUGAUGCCAGCUGCACAAGUGAAAUUGCUGAUGAUGAUAAAGCUGCAUAAUAAUUGGAACAUCUAGAGCACCCUGCUGUUUUCCACCAGUUUUUCUGUUGAUGCAAUUCCGGUCUUUGAUGGAUUGAAGAUCAUUUCAAACAAUUAAUUCAGGUGGUUGUUCUGCUCCAUUCCACCUGAAGAAGCCAAAGCUGUGAAUAUAUUUUGAGGUUGUUCUCCAUCCUGUGAUGCUGCUGCAUUUGUGUAUGGAAUGACACAUAUAUAUUUCUGAGCCUGGCUCGGCCUUCAACUCCCGAGUUUCUGUACAAUGUUGAAUUGGCUUCAUUCAAGUAUUUGCAAUUUAUUGGAACUAGUACCGAAUGUUGAAAAUCUGGCCUUGGUGUAUGACGGUUAAGUAUAGGGUAAUCUUGUUGACUCAACCAUUUGGUUCUAUUAUUAUGACUGUUGCUACCAA